CUGCAUUCCUCAUCAGCUACCUCUUCUUCCCUUCAAUUCUUCAAAUUCUUCAAAUUCCAAAUACAAUUUCAAUUAUAAUCCUUCUUCUUCUUCAGAUCAAUUCUGAACCAUUCGAAUCAAAACAAAAUCAAUUCCUAUUCCUGAACCGCAAAAAAUGGCCGUAGAUUCCGUUCUGGCGUCUCCGUUAGGCCCUCCGGCUUGCGAGAAAGACGCAAAAGCCCUCCAGUUCAUCGAAGAGAUGACCCGAAACGCCGACGCAGUUCAGAAGAGAGUUUUGGAGGAGAUUCUUAGCCGGAAUUCGAAAACAGAGUAUCUCCAGCGCUACGGACUUAACGGCGCCACCGACCGGGAAACAUUCAAGUCCAAACUUCCGGUGGUCACCUACGAGGACCUUCAGCCGGAUAUCCAGCGUAUCGCUAACGGCGACCGGUCCCCCAUCCUUUCCGCUCAGCCCAUCUCCGAGUUCCUCACCAGCUCAGGAACGUCAGCUGGUGAAAGAAAAUUGAUGCCUACAAUUAAAGAAGAGCUGGAUCGCCGUCAACUUCUCUACAGUCUUCUCAUGCCCGUUAUGAACCUUUAUGUGCCUGGUUUGGACAAAGGAAAAGGCUUAUACUUUAUGUUCGUCAAGUCAGAGACCAAGACUCCGGGCGGGCUUUUGGCCCGGCCCGUUCUUACAAGCUACUACAAAAGUGAGCACUUCAAGACCCGUCCUUACGACCCGUACAAUGUCUACACCAGCCCGAAUGAGGCGAUUCUCUGCCCGGACUCAUUCCAGAGCAUGUACAGCCAGAUGCUCUGCGGGCUGUACGAGCGCGAGAAAGUGCUUCGCCUCGGCGCGGUUUUCGCUUCGGGCCUUCUUCGGGCCAUCCGGUUCCUCCAGCUGCACUCUCAAGAGCUUGCUCAUGAUAUCCGAACGGGGACCUUGAGCCCGCUCAUAACCGACCCGUCAAUCUGCUCAUGCAUGACCCGGAUCAUGAGGCCCGACCCGGAGCUUGCUGACUUUGUUACCCGUGAAUGUUCAAAGGAUAACUGGGAGGGGAUCAUCACCAGACUCUGGCCCGGGACAAAGUAUCUGGACGUGAUCGUCACUGGAGCCAUGGCUCAGUAUAUCCCGACGCUCGAAUAUUACAGCGGCGGGUUACCAAUGGCGUGCACCAUGUACGCGUCUUCGGAGUGCUAUUUCGGGCUGAAUCUGAAUCCGAUGUGCAAACCAUCAGAAGUGUCAUACACGAUCAUGCCCAACAUGGGCUAUUUCGAGUUCCUGCCACACAACCCGAGUUCCGACGGGUUGACCCGGGACUCCGAACUCGUUGACCUCAGUGACGUGGAAGUCGGAAAAGAAUAUGAAUUGGUCAUCACAACAUACGCCGGCCUAUGCCGGUACCGAGUCGGCGACAUCCUCCGAGUCACCGGGUUCCAUAACUCGGCACCGCAAUUCCACUUCGUGCGGCGAAAGAACGUCCUUCUAAGCAUUGACUCCGACAAGACCGACGAGGCGGAAUUGCAGGGCGCGGUGGAGAACGCCUCAAAGCUGCUGAGCGAGUUCAGCACGAGCGUCGUCGAGUACACGAGCUACGCCGACACGAAGACAAUCCCGGGGCAUUACGUCAUUUACUGGGAGCUGAUGAUGAAGGACCCGUCCAACUCGCCGACGAGCGACGUGUUGGACAAGUGCUGUUUGGCGAUGGAGGAAUCGCUCAACUCGGUUUACCGACAGGGCCGAGUCGAGUGCAACUCAAUUGGGCCGUUGGAAAUCCGAGUGGUGAAAAGCGGCACCUUCGAAGAGCUGAUGGACUACGCGAUAUCCAGAGGCGCGUCGAUCAACCAAUACAAAGUGCCCCGGUGCGUGAGCUUCGCACCCAUCAUGGAACUCCUCGACUCGCGAGUGAUCUCCACGCACUUCAGCCCGUCUCUGCCGAGUUGGAUUCCGGAACGAAAAUCUUAACGCAUUGGUUGACCAGAUCCGGUCAACGCCGAUUUAGUUUUUUUUUCUCUCUUUGGCUCUGUAUUCUACCUUUGUGAUUAGAUGAUCUCAGUGUAACUAGCUGAUAAUUAGGAAUUAAGUUUGAAGAAUUAAUUAGGUUUCACAAAGAAUGCUUUUGCAUGUGAAAAGGAUGUAAUAUCAUAUCAAGCUAUAUAUGCCUGUUCAAGUAACUAAUCAAUUAAUUAAUGUGGCAUCAUAUAUAUAAUAUGUUGACUAUAAGAAAUUACCGAGUAUCUAUAUAAUUCAAUUAUUUCUACAUUUUUUAUU